GAGAGAUCUGCGUAACAGCUUCGUCACGUGCUGACGUGGGCGAGGCCGAACUCUGUUUCCGGAAACAUGGAGGCUGUUGUGAGCGAUGUGGUAGCGCCAGAAGACCUUUUAAAAUUCGAGAAGAAAUACAACAAUGAGCUGCUGAAGGGAGCCGUCUCCAAAGAAACAAAGUUUGAGUAUGCGUGGUGUCUGAUCAGGAGUAAAUACACAGUCGACAUCAAGAAGGGAAUUGUUGUCUUAGAGGAACUCGUUCAGAAAGCAUCGAAGGAAGAUUCCCGGGACUUCUUGUUCUACCUGGCGGUGGCCAAAUACAGGCUCAAAGAAUAUGAGAAAGCCCUGAAGUACAUCCGAACUCUCCUAAAGAACGAACCGGGGAACAAGCAGGCGCAGGAGCUGGAGAAACUCAUCGACAAGGCUUUAAAGAAAGACGGCUUGGUCGGCAUGGCGAUCGUCGGGGGGAUUGGUCUUGGCGUGGCCGGUUUGGCCGGGCUCAUCGGCUUGGCUGUGUCAAAGGGAGCUGCUAAAUCCUAACGUGGACACGGGACGACGUUUCUUUAUUUUGCUGGACUGACACACUCACCUGCAUUUAAAAAAAAUCUAUAAAUAAUUAAGUUUGUGGAGGGCGCUUGACCGAUGUAACAUUUUGGUUUGAAGUUGAGUAAGGGUUUGAAUAAUGCCAGUGAAUAACCGUAUUGUAACAGGGUUGAGAUUCACCAUGUGUGUAUCAUUACUUACCUGUCUAGUCCCACACUAUUGCAUGGCACUUUCUAAUUAUUUGUGUAAAUAAAUUACAUUUCUUGCUUUAGUUUGCACCUCAUCCUUCAGUUCACAUUUACAUAGGAAUAACAUGUUUCUUAAAGUGCAGUUGUGGUUUUGUUGAAUUGCUUCUGACUUAAAGAAUUGUUAAGGAGUGUGUUAUCGGUGCGGGAGGAAGUGUAUGUGAUACCGAAGGCGACUGUGAUUUGUUUGCCGGUGAGGUAGAAGUGACUGUCGUACUGCUGAGGAGGCGAUGAGGAGAGGUUUCUUUCUCCCAUUUGUUCUGAAUACUACUUUACAUUUAAGGGAGGCAACACACUUAUUGGAAUACCUUUUUUGUUUUGUCAUUUAAAAAAAUGCAUUUACCGGCGCUACAUUUAAUCGGUUGUGUUUUUCAUCUUGUUAAAUAAAAUGCUGUUGAACUGAGA